AUGCCGAAACGUGUCGCAGACGAAUAUAUCACAAAGGACAACGGUUCUAUAGCCAACAACCCCACCGCAGACGAAAAGCCCAAAAUGUCAACAGCAGCUCAACAGGCUCGGCGAAAAAUAGCCACGCCGCGAGGUCGCCUAGGCGCAAACCGCUCCUCUCAUCCCUCCUCGUCCUUCGGCGCCUCGAACCCUUUUGCUCAAAGCACAACCCAACAGCAGCCUUUUCCUACUGUGAACGGUGGUGUUGCCUUUGGCACUACCCAGUCCUUUCCACCGGCAUCUGCUGGCACAAGCAGUUCCUUCAAUUUCCAGCCUCCGCAGGCGAGCUCCUUUACAUUCGGUGCGCCGGCCGGUACACCUAAUCCUUUUGCAAAUGUGAAUGGAAGCGCGGACGCGCAAGAUAUCUCAAUGGAGUCACCCCAGAAGAAACCUGCGUUUGGGAGUGCUUUUGGAUCAAACAGUUUCACUUUUGGCCAACCAGCAGGACAACAGUCCAGUGCCCCCUUCAGUGGUUUUGGUGGAACUUCGUCUGCAAAUACCAACGGUACAAGUUUGUUUGGACAAUCUACGAAACCCGCAGAAGCCCCUGCUCCGACGAACCUAUUUGCUCAGCCUUCCCAGUCGCAGCCGUUGUUUGCGUUUGGCCAGUCCUCGUCGACGACGGAGCCUCAGACCCCCGCGUUCAGCUUCGGCCAAAGCACUUCUGUUCCACAGAGCCCCUUGCCCGCUUUCGGCACCAAAAAGGAUAGCGAUACGCAACCUCCGGCCUCAAAAUUCGCUUUCGGACAGACCAGUACCGCGUCACAGAGUCAAGGCCCUGGACAAUUUAGCUCAAAUGUACCAGCGUCCCAAAGCGUUGCUAGCAGUCUCUUUCCCGCAACACCAAAUGAGACCACCAAUACUGGGUUCCCAAAGUCGACAUCUAUUGAGUUUUCUUUCGGACAAACCUCUGCUCAGACUCCCUCGAUGAGCACUCCCUUCGCUAAUCCCGGAUCCGCGAAAGCGGAAGAGCCCAAAGCUGCGAGCUCGUUUUUUAGUGCUGGGAACACAUCUCAGCCUUCACUCGCGCCGCAGCAGCAAGCGUCAUCUCCAGAAAAGCCAGCUGCCUCGGAAUCCAGUGCGCAGCCUGUCAACCCUUUCGCUGGUCUCUUCGCCACUGCGAGUGGUUCAACUCCAGCGUUUCCCACAUCUAAGCCCGCGUUUAACCUGGGUACAGCGAGUCAGCCAUCUAUGUCCGUGGCCGAACAACGUGAGACACCCACGACUAAGUCGCCAUUCGGCUUUGGGACCACGGCGCAACCUAAGCCUGCCGCGAAUGAAUCUGAACCGAAGCCGGCGAGUUCAACGUUUAACUUCGGCUCCACAACAGCAGCAACUCCAUCAACUGCAUCAGCUGUCUUUGGCGGAGCCGGAAAUUCUGGGAGAUAUACUGCUCAAUCGGAGACUCCCAAAGCUGGCCCUCCGUUGGGCAUUACGCAGGGAGAUGCUGCGGCAAAACCGCAGUUCAACUUUACCACCCCGUCAAAGCCUGCCUCUGGUGGGGAAUUGUUUUCGGCCUCGAAAGGGCCCGAAGAAGGCAAGGCUACGAGUACAAGCCUUUUUAACAAGCUAAGUAACGCUGUGGAGAGUUCACCCCAGCCUUUUUUCAAUGCACAACCCAAAGCUACACAAGAAAAAAGUCAGCCGCAAACAGCGACCACGAGUCUGUUCCCCAGUGCCCGCAAUUCUGGUGUGGACAAAGGUGAGCGCUCUGCAGCAACUUCAACGCAAUCAUCUCCCGCUCCCACCAUAUUCAGUGGUUUGUCCCAGCCAGGACCUCCACAAUCUCAAGUCACGGAAAAGUCAGCAUCCACAUCUAUCAACUUCCCUGCUCCCGCUGUGCGAGACGAUCAACCUACAACUGGAGAGCUAAGCCUCUCCGCAGGGGCCGCAGUCGGCGCGGCACAAAAGCCUUCUGAAGGUGCACAGGGAUCUGCCAUGGAUCUUGAGCCAGUGAAGAGACCUGUAUACACCAAGGCCCCGUCACGAGUUCCUGGCCACACCACUCCCCAGCAAUUUCAGGAGUUUGAUCGGGACUACCGUCUUCAUUCUCUGAACUACGGUCUCCAGAAAAAGAUAGCCACCCUGGACCCGCGUUCGCAAGAUUUCGAACACAUCAUCCGGCAUUACGUAGCUGCGCGUGACAGCAUUGGCGCAUCGCUCGGAUUGUUCGUGCGCAACGUCGCAGGGAUGAAGAGGAAAGCCGAUCGCGUCGAUGAUCAUGAAGAAACCGAGCAAAACAAAAAACCACGAGAAACAAGCUCACAAAACCCACCCAGCUUUGGCUCGCAACUCACUCCUGCGUCAUCUGGCCCAAGUGCGCCUGUGGCAAACAAUUCUGCAAAUGUUAAUCAGAUACAUUCGACCACGGCUGCGAUGCUCAAGGACAAAACCUCGACAUUCGGAUCGAACAGCAUAUCUGGACCGGCCAAUGCAGGAUUCAAGCCGAGCGUAAACCCUUUUGCAGGGCUUACCUCGACAGCUACUACGGGUGCGAACCCUUAUUCCGGCGCACAUCAGAUAACGAAUACGCCGUCAUCCGUACCAUCGACGACACCAACGAAACCACCCCCGAAGCCUUCGACUUUUGAGGUUCCCAAAUUUGGGGGUGGCAACACCAAUUUCCUUGCUGCAUUCGGCCAGAAAGCAAAGGCAAAUGCUGACAAGUUCGAGAAGGAUCUGAUUGAAAAGCGCAAGGCUGAAGAGUUCGAUUCAGAUGAAGACGACGAGGAAACGUUCCGUCAACGGAUUGAGGAGGAAACCCGCGCAAAGAAGGCAAAAAUUGACGCCGUAGCAAAGGCGGGGUUCAAACCGACAUUUGGUUCUAGUACUACCGCACAGCCGUCUAAGGAGCGGGAUAUUCUCAAAGGUUCCUCUGCAACUUUUAUCCCCUCAGCGUCUCCUAAUCCCUUUUCCGCACUCACGUCCAAAGGUGUCAGUGUGAAACAAGCGGAUUCCGCCGACGCAGAAGAGAACGAGAACAGCGGCUCAAGUCAUGAUCAAGCCGCCGAUAGUGAAGAAGAAGAUUCUGAUGACGAUAGUGAGGGAGAAGAGCCCGAAGAUGAUCUUCCAGAAGACGACGUUGCCGAAGAAAACGGAGAGGGGGAUGAUGAAGAUGACGACGAUAAUGAUCUGGGGGCUGCCAUGGACAGGGCAAAGAACAAUCCAAAUGCCGGCAAAAGCUUAUUCGAUCGUAUCGAGCCAAACCCAAACAAAGAGAAAGCGACGCCGACGAAUGGAGAGAAAAAUAACUCGGACAUGGAAUCAACGACCACACAACCGACAAAGAACUCCUCGUUUCAAUCGUCAGCCUUUGGAUCUCAAGUCGCAAAAUCAACGUCUGAACAUUCAUCGGGUUCUCUCCUCAGCUCUUCGACUGGUGUAUCAACUCCCAAGCCAACAGGCGGGUUCCAAUUCACUCCGAUAGGAGCAAGUACGACACCUACAAGCGCUCCCGGUGCCUCAAUCUUCUCCGGCGGCGCUACCAGACAGGGUCCAGUUCCAGGGGAGGGUUUAUUUGGCUCUCGACCAAGUACGCCGAGCAAUGCCGACAAGAACCCCAGCCUUGCCAAAUCGGUUCUCACUUCCCCAGCAGGGACUGACAAUACGUGGAAGGAGGGCGCACCUAUCUCUUUCGCAAACGGAGACAAAAUUACAAGUGCCCCUAUUUUCAAGUUCACGGCGGCUUCUCCAGGCGAAAAGGAGAAGGACUCAGCCACAUCCAAGUCGCUCAGUACUCUCUUUGGCACAACUGGACCGGGCUCGCGCGGGUCCGACACACCAAGUUUAGGCUUUCAAUUUGGAGCGCCGACUCCGUCACCAGCACCCGGCUAUCUGGGUGCCAUUUCGCAUCUAGGAGGUGGUUCUGUGGCUAGUUCUGUUGUCUCAUCCCGCGCCACCUCGCCUGGUCUGACCGAUAACGAGUCUGUCGCUACAAAUGAAACCGACGAAAGCACCGACGAUCCGCAAACCUCUUUAAUGGACUCGCGAGCAGGAGAAGAAAAUGAGACGUGCCUCUGGGAAGGUCGCUCCAAAGCCCUCAUGUUUGUCAACACUGAGGCCGCAAAGGGCACCAAACACACUCCAAACGACUGGAAUUCGAUGGGCGUGGGCCAAAUCCGAGUCCUCAAGAACAACGACAACGAUAAAACACGUGUGGUGUUCCGCGUGGAACCCAGCGCUAAUAUUCUUUUCAAUUCCCAUCUUGUGGGAAGUACGAACUAUGAGAGUGUCCCCAGUAAUAAGAGUGGCGCUGUGAGGGGAGCACUGAUGUACAAGGGAAAUCUGACGCGAUUAGUGUUCAAAUUGAAGACACCAGAGAUGGCGAGUGAGUUGGCGAAGAUUCUGGAGCAGAACAAAAGUGCUUGA